AUGCAGCUGACCCAUGCCGCAGCCAGUGGCAACAACCGCAGUGGCGCCCUUGCAAUAGACGCCGAAUUGAGCGCCUCGGAACGUAAUCGCCGACUUAUACCCUAUAUGGCCUUCUAUUUGCCCGCACCGGAGUUGCCGAUCAAUCAGCAAUAUGCUGUCAAGCACUCAUCGUCUGCUGGCGGCGCACAGCUUCUAGCGCCGGCGACAGCAGGACAUCCCAGCCGCAUUGCCGUACCGCUUGCUUACAUGCCACAUCCACAUCCACACCCAAAGCAGAGCCAUCAGCACCAGCAGCCGCUGCAGCAUUAUCAGUCUGGCGCAGCUGAAGUGUAUCAUGCGCUGGCUAUUGGUGGCCCACAUGGCCCACCAUUGCCACCUGGUCAUGGCAAGGAGACGGCAUCGUCGUCUCCAGAUGCGGGCGCCACUUUUAUUGCCUACAAGCCAUUGAACCCAACGCACAAGCAAAAGACUGUGCAGCAUUUUCCGCCACUCUCCCAGCAGCAACAGGAGCAUCCACAGCAGCAUCAGGAGCAGUUUGAUUUGUUGCCACCACCGUCGCAAACACAGCUGCUGCAAUUUCAUCGGCAACGUGGCAAACAAUCAAAAGUCAAUUUAACGCCGUUUACAGCGCAGAAUACGUUGCCGGGACACUUUAUACCCAUUAUUUAUACGCCACUAAGCAAGUUGAACAGCAACAGCAACAGCAACAGCAACAACAACAACAACAUCAACAAUGACCUGCAUAAUGGCAACCCAAUCAAUUACAACAAAAACCAGUCGCCAUCAGAAAUUGUUUACCAUAAAAAUUCCCAUCCAACACAAAUUGUUACGGAUUAUGCAUCGUCGGAUUCACAGUCGCCAGAGGAGGAGGCGCAACAGCAGCAGGAGAAGCCGAUGCAUCCAACGCCAAGUGUUGGCUAUAAUGACUACAAUGAGCCAGCUGUGGUAACAGCUACCACAUCUUCCUCUGCCACAUCACAAACAUCAUCAUCGUCAUCAACAUCAUCGACAAAAACCGCAUUGAUAGUACACCAAAAGUCGCCGGAAUAUGUCCACAUGGGCAAAUACGAGAGUUACUUCAAUAUGUCGCCGGAACAGCAAUUGACGCCGCAGGAGAAAUACGUGCUCUAUUUGCAACAGCGAAUGAAGCAACAGCGCCAGCAGCACCAGCAGCAGCAGCAUCAGCACCAGCAGCAAUCGAAACAUCAUCAACAAGAGCAGUAUCAUCAUCCCGCAGAUGACUUACAUCAUCAUCAGUCAGCGCAAAGCAAUACGAAAGCUGGCAAACUCUCACACAGUCACACGACGCAUACGCAUGUACAACAAUCUCCACCACAACCACAAACACCUCCACCACCACCACCGCCACACCACCACACUCAGUUACAUAAUUACAAUGGGCUCUUUGGCCGCCCGGAGGCAGCUCAGGCUGGCCACCAGCAGCAACAAGUGUUGCAUAUUCCCUUGCGCGCCCUUAUAGGCCAGCUGCAUGAGCAGCCAAAGGAUACGCUGCUCGGGACGCCUGCCCCAACUCACUUCAUCGAUUACCUUGUUGACGGGCCGCGUCAGUCGCUGGACGAGGAGCAACAGCAGCAUCAGCAGCAACACACACAUCCGUAUCCACAUCAGCAACCACACCCACAUCAGCCAUUGCAGGUGCCACCAUCGCGUCCGCCACAGCAUGCAUAUAUACUGGUGACCACAACAGCACCCUACAUCGAUCAUCCCGCCCAUCAGCCGCCAAGGUUGCAUGAUCUGCCGCCCACUCGGCCGCCCGUUCGCUACAAGCAGCAGCCAACGCUGCGACUGCAACCGGUGACGCCAGUGCACAACUAUCAGGCCACCAGGAGACCCGUGUACAUCAGUCCACCAACGCCCAGUGAGACGGUCAAGAUCACCCCAAAAUAUGUCUAUGUGUCUAGCAGGCCGCCGUCAGUGCCGCCCAGCAGCGAUCUGCCCAGCCGAACAGUUCCCCAGAAACUGAAGCCCAUUCACAAAUAUGCUAAUGAACGGCAGCCAGCUCCACCCAAGUCCACACCAAGUGAGGUGUAUGCUACAGCUACAGCUACAGCUACAGAUGAUGAAGCGGAUCAACUGCCCGAUAUACGCACCUCAUCGCUGGCAGAGAUUCUGCACAAGCUGCAGGCGAGCAAUCAUUUGCCGCAAACCCUUACGCCGAACAACAUUGACAACUCGAUCAAGACACUGAUACGCAUCCUGCAGAAUCUAAAGGAGACGCAAACCAUUGUGCCCAAUCCGCCCCAGCAUCAUGAGACCAAGCCCAGCAGCAGCGGCAACAGCCACGAUUAUGACUACACCACGGGCAGCGAAGAGGAGCCUCAUUCGACGGCAAUUAAAACGGCGGGAAAUGUCGAUGCGGAUCUCCUGCAUCUGAGCGGACCGAACAAGCAUCCGGGUCCGAGCACUGGGCGUGCUGGCAUCGAUUAUCCCAACUAUGCACAGAUACCGAAGACCAGUUUUGAGUGUACGCAGCAGCGUUACAAGGGCUUCUUUGGGGAUCCGGAGACCAAUUGCCAGGUGUGGCACUACUGUGAUCUCAAUGGCGGCAAAGCCUCCUUUCUGUGCCCCAACGGCACCAUCUUUAGUCAAAUUGCUCUGACCUGCGACUGGUGGUUUAAUGUCAAGUGCUCGACGACAUCCCAGCUUUAUGUGCUGAACGAACGUCUCUAUAAAUACAUAUUGCCCUUCAAUCCGAAAUUCCCCGAGGACUACAAUGGACCCAUUGUGGAUAAAUACCUGGCCAUGAAGUUCCAGGAAAUGGAGGAGAAAAUGCGCCUCGAGAAGCAGCGCAAGGCUGACGAGCAGGCGGAGAAGCCCACAGUACGAAAUGAGGAAGCGGCAUCCAAUCCAGCCAUGCCCAAGAAUCACAAGCCGGAGCCCAAACAUGGCAGCGCCAUUAAUGCCCAGGUCUAUGAGCAGAGCUCGGAGCGUAACUUGCUCAUCGACGAUGAGAUCGAUGACAUCUCAGAGCGCGGCACCUACGACACCUACGGCCAGGCGCCAACGACCAUAAUGGUGCCCACGACAACGGCAGAGGACGGACAAUCCUUUAACCGAAGGCCCAUUGUUGUGCCUUCCACGCCAGAACCAGAAACAGAGCUGGAAGCCCAACCAGAGACACAGCUCGAUACGGAGCCUGAACCAGAGCCGCAACUCGUGCUGGAUGGUGAGCCGCCGGAGAGCAGCGUGGAGGAGGAGAACAAGCUACAAAUCCUGCGGGACACAAAUGCGGCAGCGGCUCAAAAACAAGUCCAGACGACAAAAGUGAGCGUUGAGAAGCUCGAAGUGAUUGAGAUUAAGACGGAUGGAAAAACGGGACAAUUAAUGCCCAUUGUCAGUAGCAUGUGAGCGAGACAAAGACAGAGACAGAGAAAGAGAGAAUGAGCGAUUGUAGUGAAUGAGAGCAAUAAGCCUGGUUAGGAGAGAAUGCUUGCCAUAUUUGUAAUGAGAAUUCUUGUACUUGUUUGUCGUUUGUUGUUUGUACGCCUUAAAUUAUUCAUAGCAAGCGAUUACUGUAAAUAGCUAACUGUAAAUGAAACUAUAAACUAUCUAUAUAACUAUAGAAACCCAUACUAUGUAAUUAAA